GAAGAAAUUUGUGAAUCGGAGGUGGAAUGCUCGCAAGGCGAGCGAAGUGUUAAUAAGCGGCGCUUCGACAUAACUUGCGCCCCACAAGUUAGAGAGUCGCCAAGUGGCCUGGACACCCACGCAGGUAAAAAGUAUUGAAUUUUAAUUCUACUUUAAUUUGCAUGUUUUUUUCUAUGUACCCAUAAGUUCUUGAACGCCUUGGAAAGAUGGAAACAAGCUUUUUGACUGCCUUCAAAAGCGUGGAAGUCCGUCUCACUGCCGUUGAGAAAGCCCUCCAUGAAAAAAUGCCGGAAAAGGCCGAGGUUCAGGCGCAGAGUAAAAUCCUGCGCGAAUCGAAGGUUGUUGCUGCCAGGACCCAUAACUGCAUCAAUCGCGUCACUGGUGACAUGGAGGACGAGGAGUAUAUAGAGCUGUCCUCAAAAUUUCCAUUGUCAUCGGAGGAGGAGUUACUGGCCGUGGAGACGAAACUCCAGAAUAAGGCCAGUGUUGAAGUGUUGAUGCGGUUGCUGAUAAAGGCCAAGGGUUUCAAAGGCGGUGUUGACGGAGUUUUGCGUGCGCUGCUUAGGGACGACCUAGUGGCCAAUUUCAAUUUGGAGGGGCGCAAGAAUAAAAAAGCGCUGCUGAAAUUGAAAUGCAUGGACAUUAUCUUCGAUGUCUUUGCAGAUCAAAGGAAGGAAGAUUUAGUGGCAGAUAUUAGAAAAUAUGUGGCCCUGAGCCACAAUAGGUUUAAGCAAAAAAAAAACAUAUAG